AUGCCCUGGAAACCUUUACCUCGCAUUGCGUUUGCGGUCGCGGUCUACCCUUUUCAGCCAUCGUCGCCUGCAGACCUGCCUCUCGAGCUUGGAGAUGAGUUAUACAUAAUCGAACAAGGCGGUGCCAACGGCGCAUGGUAUCGAGGGUACCUUGUUGCACCGCCAUCGCUACUUGCUGGCCUUACAAGCGUUCGAGGGCAGACACUAGAAGCCCGUGUCUUCUCCGGCAUAUUUCCAAAGAACUGCGUAGAGGUUCGAGAAGUGCUCGGAGAUGCAGAAGAGCUUAAUGAGAAACAACGAGACAGCACAGGUACAUUGCUUAACGGUGAUUCGAGGUCGAUUUCCGCCUCGUCUCCGGAACAUGGGCAGCCAGGCGAGCCAAAGCCGACUUCUCGCAACCUUGCACCGGAAGUGAAGACCGCUCGCAAACUAUCACAGCUCACGGUCCUCAAGAUGGAAGAGGAUGCGACCAAGCGGAGAUCUGGAAUGUCGUUGAAAGCGGGUUCGGUUGUCUCUCUGCCUCCACCACCCCGCGACGCCGACGGCGCAAAACCAUCGGCGCCUGUCCCCAUGCUCAAAAUAGGAGAUGAGACACCUACUUCUGCCUCUGAACCAUUAGUUGAUGAAAUUGCUUCGUGUCUACGAGAAUGGCACUCAACCAACAUCCACGAGCUGCUUCUAGGGAGACAGUACGCAACCCUGGAGAGCAUGUCUAAUAUAGUUCUGGAACUCGACCUUGCCCGGCGACAGCUCCUGCAUAAUGUACUGACGGCCCAGGAGAGAAAGGCGCUCCGCGAGGAAACGGUAUGGAACCUCGUUCGAGGAAACAAGAUGCUUAGUGGGGAUGUGAUAGUCCGCGAUCCAUCUGAGCGUGGUCGACUUCUUACUGGAGACGAUUCAGCCAUCGAGUUGACGAAGCUUCAGUCGGAAAUGAGUAUGCUUGAUGGCAAAAUUACGCAUCCAUCCGAUACCAUUUCGCUACAUCAUCUACUCUUCGAGCUGAACGCCGUUACGGGCGCCAAUACAAGUCCGAUUAUCCUUGCGGUAAGCCUCUGCUUACAAUCGCCGACUGGCGACGUGAAACCGCUUUCUGAAACCUAUUCGUUGGACGUCCCCUCCGCCGAGAGCUUCUCUUCCCUUGCAAUCAGCGGGAAACUGAAGACGCUAUUCACCGAACUAAGUGCGGCUGAUAUUGGAGAAAUAUCAGGGUCGGAUUCUAAGCUCUUCCUUACCGUUAGGGUUCUAAGCUGGGAACCACCGAGAACAGCCCCAUCCCCCACAGCAAAGUCCCAGUCAUCCUCUGCAACGGGACCUAAUAAAGGCGGAGCCCAGUUUAACACAGCAGGCAAAGGCAGCUUACGGGGUAGAAGAAGUAUGAUGUGGGGUCCAAAGACUAAGGGUGGUCAAACUGUAGAACCAGUGAAGGAGACAAACAAUAUUCCACCUCGAACGAGCGAUGGAGCGGAGAAGGAGAAGCAGGCAAACGUUACGCCUAAAAAGAAGGACCCUGUCUGUCGUAUGAUCGGUGUAGGAGCGCUUGAAGUUGGGCCCCUGAUGAAGGCUGGAAAAGCCGCCGAACAAGUAUUCACCAUUUGGUCGCCCCUAGGCGAAAAUGACGAAGAGGAAGGCCCAACAGAUGGUUUCCACGAAAUUAUUCGCACCUUAGUCUACAGCCCAACUGGACGGUAUACUAGGGCAUACCAAGCUGCAAGGCUACAUAUUCACCUCUAUCCAUUUACCGGCACUGAUGCAGACGCCCUUGUUAAAAAGAACCCUACUCUCCUCCACAGUGUUACCCAGACAAGAAGGAUAGGCUUCCCUGGGGCGCCAACGAAGCCAAGGUCGGAUAUCUAUGUUACCCUCUCACGAGCGAAUAUUUCACGAGAUGCUCUCCUCUCUCACCCCGUUCAUGGUCAAGUCCCUGUUCCACAAUCAACUGGCCUCCGCAACAUACAACUAACCCUAGAAGUCCGCAAUGGCGCCGGCGCAAGAAUCGAAAAGUGUAUCUGUCCUUCAUCUAACGCUACCCCCGUAAUUGCCUGGAGAACUACUGUCACGGAGAGACUUUCUGCCUGGAAUCAGACAAUCCGCUUGAGUAUCCCCGCCGAUCAGGUCCCUGGAUCCCAUUUAAUCAUGAGUGUAGCGGACGCACCAGAAUUUCCAUUUGCGCUAAGUUGGAUGCCGCUUUGGGACCAACAAGCGUUUAUUCGAGAUGGGCUUCAUUCUCUCCUGCUACAUGCAUACGAUAAGUCAACUUCCAGUAUUGAGAAUGGCAAAGGAGCCUAUCUUUCCUUACCUUGGAGCGCACUCGGGAAAAACGAAUCGACCAAGGACGAGGCUGUAACCGGACCAGUCGCAACUCUGGUCGUGGAGACCGACUUGUGCAGUACGGAGUAUUCUCAGGAUCAAGUCAUGCUUGGACUUAUCAAUUGGAAAGAAAAGCCAGCGUCCGAGCUUUUGGAGCUACUACGAAGAAUUGUCUUCGUACCGGAGAUUGAGAUCGUCAAACAGCUGAGCAAUGUUUUCGAUGCAUUGUUCGGUAUAAUAGUUGAACACUCUGGAAAUGACGAGUUCGAGGAUCUAGUGUUUACUGACCUGGUCACUGUGCUCGGCAUCUUGCAUGAUCGACGAUUCAACCUUGGGCCUUUGGUUGACCAAUAUGCGAAAGAACAGUUCAACUUCCCUUUUGCUACGCCAUGUCUAAUCAGGAGUUACUGCCGCCUUCUUCAAGCAACACCUGACUCACAACAAUCUCGCAACCUCCGUGCAGCAUUCAAGGUUGGAAGACAUAUUCUAAAGUUCAUAAUAAACGCAAGAGAGCAACAGAAGGCAAAGGAAGAAGGCAUCGGCAUUACCAAUAUUCAGUCAACUUUCAACCGUGACUUGACGUUCAUAUUCAAAUCGGUCGAAGCCCUCAUGCAAAACCCUGCCCCAAUACUUGUGGGCAGCAAGACCCUUGUCGUCCAGCAUUUCCAUACUUGGCUACCAGAACUCUCGAGUGCACUUUCCAAGGCAGAAAUAAUUGACAUCGCCUUGAGCUUUAUGGAGUCAUGCAAGGACGUCAAAGGCAUGCUUAUUCUUUACAAGCUUGUCCUGAUCCUGAACUACUCCCAGCUUCCAUUAUUUGUCGGGCAAAAAGAGAGGAGAAUGCUCUAUACCCGCUGCAUAAAAUGGCUUGACCCUUACUGGGGAGCAAUAGCUGAAGUCACAGACCAGUACAGAGAUCAGGUUAGGCUUUGUUCGUCUAUUCUUGCAGAGCAGCUCAAACAUCCAGAACCAGAGCUUUUCGAAUACAUGCCAAAGGUCGUGGCUUCGUAUUGUGCGAUUGAGUCUGAUGGGGUUGAAGAAUCAAACUGGCUUUCGUUACUAUUCAGCAAAUCUUUCCCAUUCCAACUUAAGCAAUCAAAGACCAACCAAAAAUUCGACGAAGCUCUUGUUGAACUUUCCGCUUUGACCGCAGCGUUAUCAGCCAUUCCGAACCCCGUGGAGCUGGUUAUGGAGCUUGACGAGAUGGCGAUCUUCCUGUCUCGCGCAUUCACUACUCAUAUCUCAAUCCUCGAUUGUGUUCCAUAUCCAGCAACUUGGCUGAGUUUGCGCAUCUAUCACCACCGGUCUGUGGUGAAGAGUUUGGAGCAUUGGUCUGCGAUGCUAAUCAAAUACUUCCUCCCACCAGUUGACGAAGCUGAUAACUUCGAUAUGGAAUUAUGGAGAUUGUUCUUUGCCACGAUUUUGAAAUUGGUGUCAAGUGACGCCCUUGCUUUGGAGACGUUCCCAGAACAAAAACGACGUGCUGUGUGGAAAAUCGCUGGCGAUGUCCGUGAGCACGGCGCAGAGCUUCUGCGCACAACCUGGAAAGCCAUUGGCUGGGAAACUAGUCCCGAAGAGCGUGAGCGAUAUGGCUUAACGAGCUUAGGAGGAUAUCAAGUUCAAUACGUCCCUAGCCUUGUGCCUCCGAUCAUUGAACUUUGUCUAAGCGUCCACGAGGGACCUCGACGCGUUGCCGUUGAAAUCUUGCAGACGAUGAUUGUCAGCGAGUGGCAGCUAAACGAAGAUCUGGCUAUGAUCGAAGCAGAGAUAAUAUCCAGUCUAGACGAGACAUUCAAAACCAGGAACUUUUCCGAAAGUAUUACCCAAAAGCUGUUUAUGAAUGAAUUGAUGGAUCUCUUUGAUCCAAAUUCUACGACUCUUGAUGUUGAACUCAUGGUUGCGCUAAAGGAGCUUGUUGCUACUGUUGACGAAUUGCUCGAUCUUUUGGCUGCGGCACACUCCGGUAAUAUUUCGGAGAGUUUGAAUACGUUGAAGCUGAUGGAAUUCAUGAAAGACAUGGAUAAAGAAGAUAUAUUCGUUCGCUAUGUACAUGAGCUCGCAAGAGGACAGGUUUCUGCCCGUAACUUCACAGAAGCUGGUCUCGCUCUUCAGUUCCAUGCCGAUCUCUACCAUUGGGAUACCUCCCAGCUUCUUCCUGCCGUUGCAAGCCCUGGGUUUCCGGAACAGACCUCGUUUGAUCGGAAAGAAGCUUUAUACUUUCAAAUCAUUCAACAUUUCGAAGAUGGAAAGGCUUGGGCACAUGCUCUUGCAUGCUAUAGAGAGCUUGCAGAACAAUACGAGCAUACGACAUUAGACUUUGCUAAGCUUUCAAGGACGCAAACGUCCAUGGCAAGAAUCUACGAUUCCAUUGUCAAAGACGAUAUUCAGGUCGCCAGAUAUUUCCGUGUUACUUUCAAAGGCCUUGGUUUCCCGACUACUGUGAGAGAUAAGCAAUACAUCUUCGAGGGCCACCCAACAGAUCGAUUGGCCAGCUUUACAGAUAGACUCCAAAAGGAAUACCCGGCAGCUCAGCUUGUCACUUCUGGUGAAAUUGAAGAUUUAGAGGGGCAAUUCCUUCGAAUAUCUGCUGUUAGCAUCCACCGGGAUAUGAACCAUCCAGUUUACCAACGCACCAAGGUUCCCCAGUCCGUUCGGGAUCACCUCCUGACCUCGGUACCUGCCCAAUUCUCAGUCACGUCUAAGAAACAUCUGGGUGGCAACGAUGUUAGGAAGCAAUGGGUCGAGAAGUCCAUAUACACCGUAGCCGAGCCAUUCCCAAAUAUCCUCAGGCGCAGUGAGAUCGUUGCAACUGAUGAAGUUGCACUGACCCCCUUGCAGACUGCAGUCGAAAGGACAUGGCGUAAAACCCAGGAGCUUCUGAUCCUUGAAAGGAGAGCAACGAUGAACCCGGAUGCAAACCUCACCGCCGUAAGCGAACUUAUCCGGCAACUCGUCGACGUCGAAGCCCAUCCUUCGACGUGCGCUGCACUAUAUCGCCAAUUCCUUCAGGAAGACGAUGACUUGGAUUCUCGAACCGAGAACGGUGAAAUUGAAGCGACUGGAUAUCAUCAUCAUCCACUCAGAAAUGCCCUUGCAACGGCUCUAAUAGAACAUGCAUUAGCAAUAAAGCGUUGUCUAAUGUUAUUCAAUCUACGACCGUCAUACCAAUCUGACCAACUGGACCUUGUCCGACAGUUUGAGGCUAUUUUCUCGCAUGAACUCGCCACUUUUGUACCUAACGUUGGACCACAGUAUCAAGAAGAUGGACUCCCAACGUUCAAUCAAUUUGAUCCCUUUACAAACAGCCAGGCUUCAGGAUUGCCACCAACACAGGAAUCCCAGGGCGACACCGCACAGCAGAAACCCAUCACCUCGCUCACUAGAACUCUUUCGAAUGCAGUGUCUGAGGCUCCGAGCCGUCGAUUAAGCCUCAACCCAUUUAAACGCUCACAUCACGGUGCUUCCAAUUCAGUUGCGACUAUUACCCAGGAAACAAUUAGAUCCAAUAAUAGCCUCAGGAAUCAGUCGAUAAGCGAAGAGGCUACGCCUAAUGGCACCCUGGUAAAUGAGCCAAACCGAGCGACCACCUCGGCAAGCAACAAGACGGACGUUAAUGGGAGGAAAGGCAGUCACUCAACUCAAGGGAAGACAGAUGGCACACAGAAACGGAGAAGCUGGUUCGGAAAUGGUAGCACCACCAGCAGCAACAAUGGUGGUGUAUCAGGCAGUAACGAGAAUGGGGGGCCAAAUGGUACGCCGGCCGCCUCGACAGAAGAUAUCCGAACAACACAGCAGCGCAUCAUCGAAAGGGCCAAGGCAGCCCGCAAACAGAAUGGAACCGCCCGAACGCCAACUCAACGCUCUUACUCAACCAUUCCUCAGACGCGACCUUCGACCAACAGCAGCAACCGGACGGGUAUAUCUGAACGCUCCGGGCUUAAGGUUCCAAUUAGCUCGCCGGUAGACGUCUCCGAAACUAACAGUAACUCGAGUGCCUCGAUGCGUGAUUCAGUCAUGAGGCGAUUCAGCCUGUUGAAAUCUGGUCGAAAGGCCAGCCGUGCGAACUUUCGAGAUGGAAGCGGAAUUGGCGGCGUAUUAAAGGAAGAAUAA